AUGGAAGAAAAAGAGGUGGUGCGGCGAUUUCUGAGGGCGACGCCUUCAAAAUUCGAUGCUCCCACCUUGUCUUUGGAACAAUAUGGCGAUUUGGAUAAAAUCAGCCUUGACGAGACCAUUGUUCACUGA